UUGUUCUCCGAGGCUGGCGCUCCCCGGAGCGGUCGGUCCCGGAGCAGACGCUGCCCUGGAGGUGCUGGUGGGAUGCUCURCCCCGCAUCUACGUGUGCUCGCGUGCCGCUCGUGCCCUCAUAGCGGGUGUUCACUCUGAAGCCUGAUGGUGUCUCAGCACUACGCUGGUGCCGUUCCGUGCCCGCAUUCGCUGGCACCGGCAGCUUCCGCGGGCUGAGGCUGCGGGUCCUGCCCUCGCUGGCAGUGCCACUGGSUCCUGCUUUUCCGUUUGCCAGCUGUGAGCCCUGGGGGCUGUCUGGCACCACCAGCAGAGUGGGGAGGAGGUUGGGUGCCUCUGCAAAGGGAGUAUGUUAGGGUUACCUCUCCCUUAGUGAGAACUCUGCUGCUUCCAAAUCCAGAUCCUYGAGGAUUUCCUGCUGGUGGAAGAUGCACUUCUGCUGGAAGAGAUGGCUGAGGAGGAUGAGGAGCUCGACCUGUACAACGAGAUGACUUUUGGGUUAGACCRAAACUCCACAGAGGAGGAUGUCCCCAAGCUCCUGGUGCCACCGGAGAUAAGCCCUGAGGUGGUCAAAGCGUUGGCAGGGGCGACUGGAAGAACAGCUGAGCAGCUGGAGGAGCUGGGAGAGCCCCAGGAAGAAGGUGGGAUAGAACUGGAAGUGGAGCAGGUGAGCUCUGAGUUGGAGGAAGAGGAGCUGGGGAGUGAGGAAGAGGAGGAGUGCUUUGAGGAGCCCAACAAGCUGGGUGACCCAGCAGUGAUGAGAGCUGUGCAGAGCAAACCCACGCUGGAGAGCCAGGACUCGGCGGUGCUGGACAGCAGGAUUGGUACUUGCUGGGGAGAGUUUGGCAAGGAGGACUUGCUGACGAUGGAUCCCAUGGCAUGGGGCUCCUGCCCUGGCAGUGUCCCACCCCACCUUGUGCUGGAGGAUAAAGCCAUCCUCCAAGUCCUGGGGAGGCCCCCACCAUCCUCCAAGAUGGCCCUUGACUUCCUYGGCUCUCCUGCGCAGAGGGGCUAUGGGGGCUCUCCUCAGCUCAAGCGCCCUGACUUAAGACUGAUGUCCCCCAAUUCCUUCCCCCAGUGCUUUCUCCAGCAGCAGGCACCCCUGGUGCCUCCUCGCUCCCCGUGCUCUCCUCGGCCUUUCCCACCAGCUUGCAGACCCCCUCCACUCUUCACCCCCAACCAGACUGCAGGGUAUGCACCUCCGCCCCCUUUCCAGCCCAGGUCCCCCACCGUGGGCAGCCCACCGCGGCCCCUGGCCAUGCACUUCGGGCCCAUGUCCCCUUCUUUGGACCCUGCUCUCUUCUUCAGCCCAUCAGCCAUGGGCCAGCUGAACCUCAGCACACCCAGUCACAUGACCCAGCUGCAUCCCCAGCACCAGCGCAUCCUGACGCAGCGGCAGCAGCAGGGCAGGCAGGCGCAGAGUGUCUCCCCCAAGAAGCUGUGGUCUCGUAAAGCGGACCCUCACGCUGGGCUGAUGACUUCCAAGGAGAAGGACUGGGUCAUCAAGGUGGAGAUGAUUCAGCUGCAGAGUGAGAACAUGGAUGAUGACUACUACUACCAGUCCUACUACCACCGGCUGGAGCGCAAACAGGCGGAGGAGGAGCUACUGGGUGGGCGCAACAAGCAGGAGCCCCCCAAGCUGGUCACACCGUUCAUCCAGAAAGUGGAGACCUAUGACUCUGUGGUGCGCAUCGCUGGCUCGCUGGGCCAGGUCGCCGUGUCCACCUGCUACAGCCCUCGCCGGGCCAUCGAUGCUGUGCACCAUGCCCUCGUGGAGGAGGCCACAGGGAGCCACCGGCUGCGGGCACUGCACAGGAUUGAGAAGCUCUUCCUGCAGCUCAUGGAAGUAGAGGAGGCACAACGGAAAAUGUCCCUGGCCCUGGGGGAGCAACAGCCCCCCAGGCAGGAGCAGAAGAGCCAAGAAGUAGAGAGUAUCUACCAAGCCUUGAAAAUCAGGGCUUGCAGCGGCGAAGAGGAGGCAGAAGAUGAAUUCCUGCAACUGUUGUGUGUGCGGAAAGGCAAGAAGCUCAUGGCCCGGCUGCUGCCCCACCUGACCCGAGAGCAAGCKGAGAAGGUCCUGCUGACCAUCACCCACCACCUGCCCUUCCUCAUGAAGAAGGACAUGCUAGAUGAGGCGAGCAUCUGCAGCCAGGGCAGGGAUGGCCCAGGCUGCCUCCUUCCUCCUCUGUUCUUGCUGGGGGGGGCACCCUGGACAGUGAGGGGGGCCUUGUCUUGUGUGGUUAGUGUGAGAUAUUCCUGCUCUCUCCUCUGCUCUGCCCAGUCUCUCCCCCUGCUCUACAGCCCAUUGAAUGCAGUGGUGGGUGGGAUGACCUUCAGCAAACUCAUUGAGGUCCUUCAGGAGCUGACCCGACCUCUGCCUGAGUCUCCGGAGCUCCCCCUCACCAUGGCCUUGAAGAACCAGUUUGGCAUCUCCUUGCUCUACACUCUGCUGAGCCAUGGAGAGAGGCUGCUGUCRUCGGAUGCGCCGCUGGAGCCACGCAGGGGGGACUUUGAGGCAUGGACUGACACAGUGUACCUGGUGGCCCGGGAGCUGUCACAGCUGCCCAAGGCCUCACUGGUGGAGCCUCUCUUCUUGCCCAGCAACCUCCUCUCGCUCUUCUGCCGCUACCUGGACAAGCAGACUGUCCACCACCUGGAAGCUAAGAUGGAGUGA